AUGGUCGAGCCCGCAACAGCAGCGAAAGCUCCCGACGUGACGUGCAGCAGCCUCCAGCAACAGCAACAACAGCAGCAAUUGGCGUACGCUCUCCAAGCGCUCAAGACGUACAACCCGGACUUUGCCCUAACCCCCGAAGUGCUACAGAUCAUGCGCGCCUUCUUCACCGACUUGGAGCCGGACGACCAGGGGACCAUCACCCGCGGUGCAUUGGCUGAGGCGAUUGCGCGACUGGAUCCGAGUCUGGACACGACUCGCCGUAUGCGACAUGACCUGGCGCCAAGAGACGAGCGACUGGACUUUACCGCGUUUUGUGACUGGGUCAUGCGCUGCAAGGCGCAGAAUCCCCAGUCGGUACAGAACGUCUACACGUCGUGGGCGACGCAGAUGGCGGCUCUAGGGGACGGCGAGGGGCUGUUUUUCGAUUUCAGCCAAUCAGAGCGGACGUCAUUUUUGAACGAGACAAUCCCGCUCGAGAUUGUCCACUUGUUACAAAAGCGGAGAGGGGCGCGGAAGUUGCGCGAAGGUGACGAUAGUACGUCGAGGUUGCUCCAUCACGAGGACCACGAGGCAGCUGCGGGGAUCGACUGUGGGAGGUAUCCGGAUAAAACGGGUCCAGCGGAUGAGGAGGUGACGGAUACAGCGGAGCUCGAGCAAGUGGAUACAGCUGUUGAUGCAGUUCGAACGGACCGAAACGGAUCCAUGCUGACAGUCUCCAAGUCGUUUCUUGCUGGUGGAAUGGCCGGCAUUGUUGCCAAGUCGGUCUUGGCUCCUUUGGAUCGCAUCAAAAUCCUCUUUCAAGUAGACGACCAGCGCAAAUUCAAUUUUCGCAAUGCUGUCCGGAUGGCCAAUCGAAUCUACGUGCACGAUGGCUUCUACGCCCUGUUUCGAGGCAAUAUGUUGAACAUCUUGAGAGUGAUCCCGUAUGCGGGAAUACAGCACUCGGGGUUUGAUUUUUUCCGGCACAAGUUCCACGCGUACAAUUUCAAGAAAGCGGAAAAAGAGGGGAGUGCCAAAGUGCCGAAACUCAGUAAUUUGCAGCUUGUGACGGCUGGGUCGCUGGCUGGAGGAGUUUCGUUGAUUGUAGCGUACCCACUGGAUAUUGUACGAGCGAGGUACAUGGUGCAGAUGGGGAAGCACCGCUACACCAGCGUUUGCGAAGCAGUAGUCACGAUGUACAAAGUCGAUGGUAUGCGGUCGUUCUCACGCGGACUUUUGCCGUCGUUGCUUGGUACGCUGCCGUACACUGGAAUUGGGUUUUCGCUGAACGAGCGAUUCAAGACAUGGACGCUUGAGUUUCAGCACCGGCGGUUUGAGCGAAAGCAUGGGGAAUGUGCGCCCGAUUCGGGCCUGAAUACGUUGACCAAAUUUGGUUGCUCGUACCUUGCGGCAUGUAUCGCACAAACCAGCACGUACCCACUAGACACCAUCAGGAGACGUAUCCAAACCGACGGCUACGUUUCGCGAUCGCAGGCACAACUUCGAUACACGGGUGUCAUUUCCACGGCACGCAUCAUUCUCGCACGGGAAGGCUGGCGGGGUCUGUUCAAGGGUGUGUCUGUAAACUGGAUGCGGAGUCCAGUAUCUACGGGUAUCAGCUUAACGACAUACGAUAUAUUAAAGGAGGUGAUGGGAGUCGAAAAGGUAGAGUGA